AUGGCAGGCCCCAUCAGAAUUUUAGCAGGCGGAAAAAGACGGAUACAGUUUGUGGAGUGUCAUGUCACUGGCAUGAUUGAUGCGGCAAAGUAUGCUGAUGCUGUCAUAUUUGUUGUAGAUGCAGGUUAUGGGUUUGAAAUGGAAACAUUCGAGUUCCUUGAACUCUUAAAAGUUCAUGGGAUGCCCAAGGUUAUGGGGGUGCUUACAUAUCUUGAUACCUUUAGAAACAAAACCAUGCUCGCAAACACUCAGCGAAUCCUGGUAGACCAAUUCCAGACUGAGAUAUGCAAAGGAGCACAAAUAUUUUGCUUAUCUGGUCUUGAUAAUGAUGAGAUAUAUUUCAAUCAUGAGAUUGCCAAGCUGGCAGCAUAUAUAUCCACCAUGGAAUUCCAUUCUUUGUCAUGGAGGGCUGCACGACCUUAUCUGUUGGUGGAUUACUUUGAAGAUGUCACUCAAGAGACGGUCCAAUUGGAUGAUGAAAAUUGCUCAAGAAAAAUCAUCCUAAAAGGUUACCUUCGAGGUUGUUACAUCGAGGAAACAACUAAGGUGCAUAUUGCUGGAGUUGGCGAUUUUCCUUUAGCUUGCGUUACUAAAUUAGCUGAUCCGUUCCCUUUACCUUCUGAUGGGGAUCUUAAUGAGUUAACUUGUAUGGAGAUUGGGUGUUUCAGAGCAGGAACUUAUGUAAGUUUUGAGUUGCAUGACGUCCCAUUUGAGACGGUCAAACAUUAUGAUCCUUGUCGGCCUGUUCUUGUUGGAGGUAUCAGUCUUGAAGAAGAAAAUCUUGGAUAUAUUCAGGUGAAACUUAAACGACAUAGUUGGCAUACAAAGUUAUUGAAGACCAAGGACCCUAUAAUUGUUUCAGUUGGUUGGAGGAGGUACCAGACAAGACCUAUUUAUGCCUUCAAAGACCGCCAUGGCAGCUAUCGGGCGCUUAAUCACACUCCGGAAAACAAGCCCUGUCUUGCGAUGUUCUGGGCCCCCCUUGCACCUCUUGGUACUGGGCUUGCUAUGGUGCAAAGUCUGGCAGACAAAAAGGUUUGA